AUGAUGAUGAUGAUGAGCCGUGUGAUGUGUGUGUUGGUCGUUGUGCUGUGCUGCACCUGCGGGUAUACCAUGACGGCUGCUGCUGGUGAUAUUUUAUUGGAAGAUUUUCUUUCAAAAACAAGCAGUGAUUAUAAGAAGUGUAAGGAUGCUCCCAAUCAUACAGUUGAGGGAAUAAACUGCGCGGAAUUUGAAUUCGCUCCGAAGGCUGAAAAAACACCACUAACACCGCCUCCCAAGAAAGAUGAAGCGGAGGCACAUCCCACCAUUGGAGGAAGUGGUGGUGACACUGAAUCGCAAGUUGCAGAGGGAGUUGAUCGACAAGGCCAACAAGAAGGAUCGAAUCCAACAAGAACAGAAAACGAUGCGGGAGAACGUGAACCGGAACCAACAGAAUCGUCGAAAAGACCUGGUAACGUUGAGGUGCCAGAAGGUGAUCAAGGAGCAUCGAGCAGCACAGAUGAUAACAGUACAGCUGGCAACUCUAAUGCUAACCAGCAAUCUCCUGCAGCUGUUGAUGUGACUGCCGCACCAGACUCGGAAGAAACCACUUCCACUACUCCGUCGAGCACCGAGAACACUGUCAGUGAAGAAUCAACCGCGACUCCAUCUCGUGACUCUAAUCUUACCCAGCAAUCUACUGCAACUGUUACUGUGACUACCGUACCAAACUCACCAGAAACAAAUACCACUAUUCCACCGAGCACCGAGAACACUACCACAGAAGCACCCACCACCACUCCAUCUCCAUCUCUUGUACCUAACGCAGAGAUCAACACCAUCACAUCCGCAUUACAGAACAAGGCUAAUGCUGACAGCAGUGUCAGUCCUGUGUGGAUGCGCACUGCAGCACCGCUAUUGAUUGUGGCUGUGUUGUUCUCCGCUACCGUGUACUGA